AUGUGGAGGUUCGAGGGGCUGCUGGAUGCUCAGGCCCGGGCUGUGGUCCUCUGCAUCAUCGCCGGGCUCUCCCUCUACGCCUUGUGGCGGCUCUACCGGCUGCUCUUCUGCCCCCUGGUGCUGCUCAGGGCCCUGGAGGAUGUGGGAUACGUCGCCGAGGACGGACGCUCCAAAGCCCGGGCGGCGAACGAGGUGCGUCGCAGGAGGAAGAUCGGUGACCUGCCUCCGGUUUAUCCGAACGGGUGGUACCGAGUCCUGGACGCGUGCCUGCUGAAGAGGGGCCAGGUCAGAAACGUCACGGUUCUAGGUGAGCAGGUGGCAGUGUUUCGAGGCCAGGACGGGAAGGCCUACGUGUUGGACGCCUACUGCCCUCACCUGGGGGCCAACCUGGCUGUGGGAGGACAGGUGGUGGGAAACUGCAUAGAGUGCCCAUUUCACGGGUGGCAGUUUUCUGGGAAUGAUGGGAAGUGUGUGAAGGUCCCCUACGCGAAGAAAGUGCCGGAUUUUGCGAAGGUGCGUAGCUGGCCCAGCUGUGAGGUCAACGGCCACAUCAUGGUUUGGUUUCACUGUGACGGAGAGGACCCUCAGUGGACUGUCCCAGAGAAGCAAGAGAUCACAAAGGGAGAAUGGGUCUACCGGGGUCGAAGCGAGCACUUCAUCAACGCUCACAUACAGGAGAUUCCGGAAAACGCAGGCGACUUUGCUCACCUCAAUCAUCUGCACACCCCGGGCAUCAUCAGCGGCAACGAUGUGCACCACACCAACAACAAAAUCUUAAAAUUUUUCCAACACGAGUGGAAGGCUACCUGGGAUCCACAGCCAGAGCCAAACAAGCACUGUGCUAAGAUGUACCUGAAACACAGUUUGAUUCUGUUUGGACACCACUGCCCCCUGGGGGAUAUUCGUGUUGUGGCCUCACAGGUUGGUCCCGGACUCGUGUUUCUAGAUUUUGAGCAACUUUUGAUUGGCCGGGGUACGAUCAUACAAUGUGUGACACCAGUGGAGCCUAUGCUGCAUUGUGUCACUCACACCAUCUAUUACCAGUGGAAUGUUCUACCUCUGAUCCCCAAAAUCAUCCUGGCAGGAGAGAGUGUUCAGUUUGAGCGAGAUGUGAUGAUCUGGAACAAUAAGAAGUAUGUCUCCAAGCCUCUGAUUGUGAAGGAAGACUCGACCAUCCAGAGGCACAGGCGCUGGUUCAAUCAGUUCUACAGCGAGAACAGCCCGCGGCUGGAAUACCAGAGCAACACUUUCGAUUUUUGAGCCUUCUGGACUAGAGGAGGAGAGAUCAGCAGGGGAGAAGUCAGGGUUUGGAGUUAGGUGUCUCCAUAGAAUCCACAAUUUAUUUUAUAUUUUUCAUAUUUCAGGGAGAAAGGUGACCUGAAUUUUUAGCUGCAAGGGCUUUUCUUUCAUUUCCAUUUCCAUGAAAACUGUCCUUUGCUUCUGUUUCUUGGACUUUCCAGCCUGUGUCUAUACAA